AUGAAGUUCUCCGCUGCCGGCGCCCUCGUCGCCCUCCCGGCAUUUGCCUACGCCCACGCCGACCAUCACCACGUCGCCCGCCAGGUUCAGGCUGCCGCUGCGGCCGCUUCCACCACCGGCUCAGCCGCUGCCUCUUCGGCAUCUUCCGCUGCUGCCUCCGGCACCUCUGCCGCGGCCUCUGCGGCUGGCACGACCGCCGCCGCCGGCUCAGCAAAUACGGAUACGACCCUUCCCGCCAGCUGGCUGUCAACCGGUGCUUCUGCGCUUCCUUUGGCCUCCAUCAACUCGGCCGCUGCUUCGGCCGCUACCCAGGCCCUCCCCACGCCGCAACCGUCUGGCACGAAGAACUCGCACAUCUCGAACGCACCUGGUCUCCCCGAUGCUUCGACGCUCGUGAUCGCAAACUAUCCGGCUCUGGACAAGACGCCCGACACCUCUUCGACCGAGGUCCAGCAAUGGAUUGCUGAGGUUGCCGCUUCGGGUGUUCAGAUCCCCGACAUUGAGCCGACCGUCGCUGGCGGUUGCGCUGCCAACGCCGCUGCCGCAGCUGACAAGACUCGCUGCUGGUGGACAUGCGGUGGCUGCACCAACGGCACUGACGUCGAGGUGUGCCCGACGAAGAACACCUGGGGUUUGACGUACGAUGACGGCCCCGCGCCGUACACGCCCGACCUUCUGGACUACCUCGCGGCCGAGAACCUGACGGCAACGUUCUACACCGUCGGUUCGCGUGUCCUCUCGUACCCUGGUCUCCUCCAGCGCGAGUACCUCGCUGGUCACGAUAUUGCCGUUCACACUUGGGCGCACCCGUACCUGACCACGCUCACCAACGAGCAGAUCAUCGCUGAGCUUGGUUGGACCAAGAAGGUCAUCAAGGACGUCCUCGGUGUUACGCCCCUCUACAUGCGCCCGCCUUACGGUGACAUUGACAACCGUGUCCGUGCUAUCGCCAAGGCCAUGAACCUCAUUCCCGUCAUGUGGACUCGUAUCUCCGAGACCGCCACCUUCGACACGGCCGACUACGACGUCCACGGCGGAACCGCGACCGUCGGUGGUGUCCUCCAGAACUGGGAGAACAUCCUCGCCAACGCCUCGUCGUUCGACACCGGUUUCAUUGUCCUCGAGCACGACCUGUUCCAGCAGACCGUCGAAAUCGCCACCGGCUACAUCCUUCCCGACGCGCUCGCGUACCAGCCCAAGCUCACGAUCGAGCCCAUCAUCACCUGCUUGGGUCUCGAGCUCGGCGACGCCUACAUCGAGACGAACGACAACAGCUCGAACCCGCUGCCCCUCAGCGCAACUGCUGCGCCUUCAGGUACCAAGACUGGCUCCGCUUCCGGUGCGCAGGCGACGGGCGGCAGCAGCAACAGCGACAGCUCGGCUGCGAUGCGCAACGUCGGCUCGGCCGGCGUUCUCGCCGCUACUGCGCUCCUCGGCGCGAUCGUUCUCUUCGCGUAA